UGGCCGAGGAAGAAGCUGAGCCUCGGUCCCUUUAAAUGCGCACGCCCCGCCCUCUCUCACGGAGCUCCGCCAGCCUCCUUAACUGCUCAGAUCUCAGGCGGGGAACCAGAGCCGUACGUCGGGUCAUUCGUGAGAUGUAGUUGAACUGCCUCUAUGGACCAGGACGGCAACCCCUAAAACGGCCCUUGGUUUCCGUAUUUCUCGGUUCCUUUAUCCGAUUCUGGAGCUCGAAUGGACGUCGCUGAGCUGAAAGGGGGGGAGGAAGAAGCCUCAGCGUGUUUGAGCGGUCUGCCCGGAGCGGAGGGGAAUGUUGGAUCCGAGCGUGUCGGCUGAGUGGAAGUGGAGGUGGUGGCCAGGGGAUAAAAGUGAACUUCAGCUCUGCGAUUUCUCCUCAUUCUCUCCCCCACCACCAGCCUAAAGUCCCAUCGGUGGAUUCCCACACACCGAUUCCCCGAUGAGAAGCCCUCACCCGCUGGGAGGCUGCGCGAUGGUGACCGUGACGAUGAGUAAGAGCGCCGAGUGGCUGCAGGAAGAGCUGGAGUCCGGGGCCGCCGCGCUUCUGCUGCUCGACUGCCGGCCGCACGAACUCUACGAGUCGUCGCACGUCGAGGCGGCCAUCAACGUGGCCAUCCCUGGCCUCAUGCUGCGCAGGCUGAAGAAGGGCAACCUGCCCAUCCGCUCCAUCAUCCCCAACAAUGAGGAUAAGGAGAAGUUCGUCAAGCGCUGUAAAAGCGACGUGGUGCUGCUUUACGACGAGGCCGGCCCCGAGAGACUGGAGUCCGGGCUGGGAAGCUCUGUGCUCGGGCUGCUCCUGCAGAAGCUGCGGGACGACGGAUGCAAGGCUUUCUACCUGGAAGGAGGUUUCAAUAAGUUCCAGUCCGAGUUCCCCGAACACUGCGAGACCAACUUGGACUGUUCGUGUCCCAGCAGCUCCCCGCCGUCGUCAGUCCUCGGGCUGGGAGGCCUCCGCAUCAGCUCCGACUGCUCGGACGGCGAAUCGGACCGCGAGCCGGUCAGCGCCACCGAGUCCGAGGGCAGCCCGCUGCCCAGCAACCAGCCGGCGUUCCCCGUCCAGAUCCUGCCGUAUUUGUACCUGGGCUGCGCCAAAGACUCAGCCAACCUGGACGUGCUCAGCAAGUACAACAUCAAGUACAUCCUCAACGUGACGCCCAACCUGCCCAACAUGUUUGAACACGAAGGGGACUUCAAGUACAAACAGAUCCCCAUUUCUGAUCACUGGAGCCAGAAUCUCUCACAGUUUUUCCCGGAGGCCAUUUCGUUCAUUGACGAGGCCCGCUCCAAAAAGUGCGGCAUCUUGGUGCACUGCCUGGCCGGCAUCAGCCGCUCGGUGACGGUAACGGUGGCCUACCUGAUGCAGAAGCUCAACCUGUCGCUCAACGACGCCUACGACUUUGUCAAGCGGAAGAAGUCCAACAUUUCCCCCAACUUCAACUUUAUGGGCCAGCUGCUGGACUUCGAGCGGACGCUGGGCCUCAACAGCCCGUGCGACAACCACGCCGCGUCACCCACCAACGAGCAACUCUUCUUCACCACGCCCACCAACCACAACGUGUUCCAGCUGGACACGCUGGAAUCCACGUGAGGUCCGCGCAGGAUUGCCAUCUUUUGGGUCGAGGUCAUCCCGUUACCGUGGUAACCACACGGCUGCGCUGGAGGGCGCUAGCAGCCGCUUAAAUGAAUGAUUUAGCUCCGGAAGCUCGAAGCGCGGGAAAGUCGAGGUCGCGGACGACGCCUCAAAAGCGAGAAGUUUUUAAGAAAGCGGAGAACACCUUUCAUCAAGCCAAGGAGACUUUUUCGUACUAAGAUUUUUAGGGAUGGGGGAACACGGAAAAUGUGCCGCACUUGUGAGGCGACCGCCUCCUCACAACCGGAGAAUGUAGAGUCUUCGGAAAAUCUCUCUACGGAUGUAGAGUUUUUUUGAAAACCAAGGAAUUAACAUACACAAGUAGUUGUACUGUAUGUGCUGUUUGUAUGUUAUAGCAGGAAGAAAUGUCUAUAUGCAUUUUUUUGUAUAUUUUUCUGUGCUUUUACGCACAAAUUGAGACUAUGUAUCGAUAUAAAUAUAUAUAUUACACGCAUCAUAAUAAUAAUGGUAUCUUUGUCCAAAAACAGUGAGAUUGUAUAAAUAAACGGAAAAAUGGGAACGUCGUCUUUGAUGAUCCGAUGCAAUUUGCACAAUUGUGUAGCCAAUGGCUUGCUAGCACUGACAUGCAGCCACAAGAAAAACAAGGGUGGGUGGAAGAGGCCAGUCUUGAGAUGGUCCACUGAAAGCACCAAAGCUUAGUCUUUUCUUUGACUUUUGGCCAACUCUAGUUCGCAGUUAGCUAUAACCUUCCCAACGCCGUAUAACCAGAAACACUGGUCGUUUGUUUUGCAACUUCCUGCUCUAUGUCGUCGUGUCACAAGCGAGGCUUUGCCAAACCGGUUUCUCCGACGGCACUGACUUUUUGUACUUUGGAGUCGGAGAGCGGAAGGCAGCAGUUAGCUUAUCUUGACAAGCUUUUGGCAAAGUGCCUCCUUUCUUGAAUACGUACAACCCUCUUUUCACGCUUCAUGUUAAAGCCAGGUCUUACAUCGAGUUCGAUCCGGAAUGGAGGCGUUGUAUUAAAGCCGUAACAUGAGUCCCUUUAGAAUUAAAAAAAGAUUGCCAGAAUUGCCAUGGCAGGAGAAUGACGUUUUAACACCUGACGACUUCCCCUGCUCUAUUGGAUUAGAAGCAAUUUAUACAUCAGGCAAUACUUGUAACAGAAAGCUCAUGUUACGGCUUGGGCGCGGCCAUUUUGUGGAAUCCGAGCAAAAGAGGCACCAAUGGUGUAUAGAUGGAAACUGCACCUAUUCAAUCUGAAUUUGGGCAUGGAACAGGCCCACUUGUUUUCAAAAAGUGUUUGUCUGAAUCACCCAUAAGCCUUGAGUAUAUAAUCUAUGGGAGAAAUAUUCAACCUAAUUGGAUAUAAAUGUGUAUAUAAAAGUGUGAAUAGUCAACAGAUCUAUAUUGUUUUGUAUACCUGAGCAUGCUGCAGUGCUGUAUGACUCAGCCACUAGUUGGAUGUUGCUUUAAAAACGAAAGGAACGGCAAGAACUUUAUUGUUAGUUUACUAAAUUGAGGAUUUUUCCGAGAUUGACGUAAACUCCCGCUGCCCCUUCAAGAUUGACACAACAGUUUUUUUUAGUAGCGUUUGCAAAAGAAGGUACGCCGAACCUCACGCAAGGUUGUUGUUGUUUUAUAUUUUAUAUUUACCUCACAUGUGGUACAUGAAUGGCUUCAUCUUAGCAUAUUUAGCAAUUCUGUUAUUUUUAAAUGUAAAUCCGGGAAAAGAAAAUCUUUCUGUUCAUUCAAAUAGUUCAAUUUUGACUUCAUGUGAUGCUAACAGAAAUGUGAUGCUAAUCCCCCCAAAAAAAGGCAAAUCUCUUGACUAGAACAAAUGUUGCCCCCUCAAAUUCUGAUCUGAUAUUCAAUUAACCACAAUAAUAAGACUUGCGUGAGGUUCGGUGUCUUGAAUCAGAAACCAAACAAGUUGUGUUUAGCAGUCGGUUGUGAGCAAGGUUGGCAGAUGGCCUUACGAACUCUAUCUAUCUGUAUCUCUGACUGUUCAAAACUCUUUGUAUCUCAAUUUUUACAGGAACACUUUGAAACUAAAAUGCAGUAUUUUUUUUUGUUUUGUUUUUUUUACUGCCAAGGGUCACACAUGUCUUUUUACCCUGAAAUAUACACCAGGAUUAUUUUUUAAAAAGACCUCAAAUGUGUCCUUUUGUACUGUAUUAAUGGAAUUAUAGGAUGUCUUAUCGAUGCAUUUGCUUAAUGGCUGCCGCUUGCCCCAACAUGACUUUUUUUUUUAUGUAAUCAAAACCAAAAAUUUUCAAAAUGGCACUUUGUUAUAAUUAAAUCCAAUGGGACAAUUUAAUCUAGGCAAGAAUUUGCUGUGGAAAAAGGAAUUCAGCACUAUCAAACCAUAUUGCUAAAAACGUUGAUUGUUAAACUUUUGCCCAAACAAGAAAAUACAAUCCACUGGCCAUCAAGCUCAAUUUUCGUCUUGUUCGGUUUUAAUGUGCUCUAUGCUAUUCCUGUGGCCUUUUGAUGUUCAUAUAUACACUAUAUAUAUAUAUACACAUAUAUUGAAUAUGUUAUGACUUUAUAUGCAAAUGUUGUUCUACUAAAGCACUAGAGUGGAAAAUGAACCGUCUCCUCUAUCUCACCCCACACAAAAAAAAACACUUAAGUGUUGAACUCUUUCAGUACGCAGCUUUCAUUUUGUAAAAUUGUUGUAUUCCGAGCUUCUUUUCCUGUGUGUUAUUUUCUUCCUUUUUUUUAUAACAAUGAAAAAAUAACUUUGUUUGAGGGGGGGGGGGGUUGAUGUACAUGUUGCCACAUCACGGGAACGAACGUUUCUGUGUCCUAAACAACUUGUAGCCACAGAUGGGUGUCAAUGUGCUCAGGACGGGAGGGACUAUUCAAUGAUAUACAUUAAUAAGGAAAAGCAAUUGACUUAAAAAAAAAAAAAAAAAAAAGGUUACCUCAAUGAGGGAAUUUUCAGGGAUUUUUUGGGAUAAUGUGUCUUUGCAUCGUGUCGCAUUGAAUGGCCCUUUUGUAUUGAAUGGUCGAUGAGUAUUGUGCUGUUUUUAACACAACGUGCAAGCUGUUUGGGCGAGGGAAGGACAGGAAGGGCACGUUGAAGGAAACACCAUUGGCCCAAUGUAUUGUACUGUACAGUAUACUCAAACCACACCACACUUGUUUAUACUGUAAUAAAUAAUGACAUAUUUUUUCUUUA